AUGGAACCAAGUGCUUCAGGAGUAUUUUGUAACAGGAUUCUCAAUAUGGUGAACUCAGAGGAUGUAAAUGCAAUUAUUCUGGCUCAGAGGCAUAUGCUUGACCGCUUCGAGAAAACCAAUGAGAUGCUUCUAAACUUUAACAGUCUCUCCAGCACCAGACUGCAACAAAUGACUGAUCGGUUUUUACAUCACACAAGGACAUUAGUGGAAAUGAAGAAAGACUUGGACAUAGUAUUCAGAAGGAUAAGGAUGUUAAAAGGGAAAUUGGCAAAGCAAUAUCCGGACUCUUUCAGCAAUGUCCAUGAGUCUCCUAGUUUGGAAGAUGAUGAUGAUUUUGAUCCGAUGCCAAAGAGUACGGCCACCACCAUUGCUACUUCAGAGCAGAGUACAGAAUACUGUGACACCAGUCCUUCUAUUAUUUCCCCCACUAUAAGUCAGGACUUUGAAGACUUAUCACAGGCUCCUUCUGAAACGCCAUCUGCCAAUGGGCAGCUUCUGACAGAUGAUGAGGUUGCUCAUGAGGACUAG